GAAGGGCGGGCACCAGGCUUGUAGAAGCCGGGACCCUGCCCCGAGGGCUUGUGGCCAGGAGUCGACUGAGACCCUAGGACGCGCUCAGGCCGCAGCGAAAGCGCGUGCACCCCUGCGACCACCCUUCAACUUCGCCCCCAGCCCCUGCGGCCCAGGCGCCUGGGAGGCUGGAGGGGCGUGGCUUUCUGCUGGGGGCGUGGCUACCGCGUUGGCUCCACAGGCUUGGGGCGACUGAGGCGGAGCGGGCAGGACGCUUGGGACGGCGGAGGCUGCAGCGCGCCAGGGAUCUUGUGGAGAGGGGGGGCCUCCUCUUCCGACUCCCGCCACAGAGUUACCAGCCUGAGCUUAGAUAACUGCAGACCCUUAGACCUCAAUCGCUGCGUCUGGAGAAUAAAAUGUGUGGAGUCUGGGGGCGCCUUGGGCGAAUCUGCCCUGUUUUAGGCUCAAGUCACAGAGACCUGCCUGCCUCUGCUUCCCAAGUGCUGGGAUUAAAGGUGCUCAAGCCAGCAAAGCAAGCGGAGACGUGGACAGACACAAACUGGAGGGACAGAGAUAUGGAUGGGAACUGAAGCAGGGGAAAGGAGCAUCCUAAGCCUGCCUUGAUGCCCAGCAGGUGUCCCACCUAAUCCAUCCCCCCAGGUUAGCCUCAGCUGUCCGAAGGCUGUUGGGGAGACUCGGUUCCCUGAGUGACAUCUGAGGAGCAACUGCAGAGAGAGGAUGGCCCAGGUCCUGCAUGUGCCCGCCCCAUUCCCAGGAACCCCUGGCCAAGCCUCCUCAGCGGCCUUCCCCAACAAGGAGCCAGACCCGCCAUACUCGGUGGAGACGCCCUAUGGCUACCGCCUGGACCUGGACUUUCUUAAGUACGUGGAUGACAUUGAGAAGGGCCACACACUGCGCAGGGUGCCGGUGCAGCGCCGGCCACGCCUGGGCUCCCUGCCACGUGGCCCGGGCUCCUGGUGGACGUCCACAGAGUCGCUGUGCUCUGACGCCAGUGGGGACAGCCGGCACUCGGCCUACUCCUACUGUGGCCGCGGCUUCUACCCACAGUACGGAGCCUUGGAGACCCGCAGCGGCACCAACCCACGCGUGGAACGCACGCUGCUGGAUGCGCGGCGCCGACUGGAGGACCAGGCGGCUGCCCCAUCAUCGGGUGGCCUGGGCUCUCUGACGCCCAGCGCUGCGGGCUCCACCAGCUCCCUGGCAGGCGUGGGCCUGCUGCCCCCCACACCUCGCAGCUCUGGCUUGUCCACCCCAGUGGCACCCAGCGCUGGUCACCUGGCCCACGUGCGCGAACAGAUGGCUGGAGCCCUGCGCAAGCUGCGCCAGCUGGAGGAGCAGGUCAAGCUGAUCCCCGUGCUCCAGGUCAAGCUGUCGGUGCUCCAGGAGGAAAAAAGACAGCUCACCGUGCAGCUCAAGAGCCAGAAGUUUCUAGGCCACCCCUCAGGGACAAGGAGCCGGAGCGAGCUCUGCCUGGACCUUCCGGAGGCCCCCGACGACCCUGCUGUGCUAGAGACUCGCUCGGUGGGCACCUGGGUUCGAGAAAGGGAUUUGGGCAUUCCAGAUGGUGAAGCUGCCCUGGUAGCUAAAGUGGCCGUGUUGGAGACCCAGCUCAAAAAAGCGCUGCAGGAGCUGCGGGCGGCUCAGACCCAGCAGGUCGACCUCCAGCCCCAAGCCUGGCCACCACCAGACACCCAGGUCCGCGUGGACACCGUGCGAGUUGUGGAGGGUCCCCGGGAAGUGGAGGUGGCAGCCAGCACGGCAGCCGGGGCUCCUGCACAGCGAGCUCAGAGUCUGGAACCCUAUGGAGCAGGGCUGAAGGCCCUGGCCACAUCUGCGGAGAACACCCUUGUGUUCCGAAGUCAUGAGGUGGUGGAGACCAUGUGUCCCCUGCCCACAGCUUCCACCAGCAACAUGCACACAGCCAAGAAGAUCAGUAUUACAGAACGGAAUUGCACUGGUGCGGCCAGGAUGGCAGACCCUCCACCAUCUCCUGCAGAGCCUUCCCCCUCUAGUCCAUACCCUGCUGCAGAGCCUGAGAACCCUGCCCCAGCUGCCCAGGACACCACGGACAGGGAGCUCACCAGGCCUGUGGCAUCGCAGGACUCACAAGCGGCCGAGGGAGCAGGCGGAGCCUCCUUGGGAGUCCAAUCAGCCUUGAAGAGGAAAGAGGUCCCUGCAGACCCUGACGUCCACCAGAGGAACCUUCAGUUUGUGGGCAUCAAUGGCGGGUAUGAGUCCUCCUCGGAAGACUCCAGCACAGCAGAGAACUCGGAACACGAGAGCACAGAGAACGAGGCCCCAGAGCCUCCGGUGAGGGUUCUGAGCACAGCUGAAGGCCCUCAGCUCAGGCCUCUGGGGCCUGCAGUGGGCAAGACCAGUCAGGACGAGCGUCAGCUCUCUCAGGAAUCCCAGCGUGUGCCCGAAGCCAAGGUGGCCCCAGGACCUGACCCCGAGGAGGAGAUUCGGAUGGAUCUGAGCCCUGACCUCAUAUCAGCAUGCUUGGCCCUGGAGAAAUACUUGGAGAACCCCAAUGCCCUCACGGAGCGAGAACUGAAAGUGGCUUAUACCACGGUGCUUCAGGAGUGGCUGCGCCUGGCCUGCCGCAGUGAUGCACACCCUGAGCUUGUACGGCGACAUCUGGUCACCUUCAGGGCCAUGUCUGCCCGGCUGCUGGACUAUGUGGUCAACAUCGCUGACAGCAAUGGUAACACUGCCCUGCACUACUCCGUGUCACAUGCCAACUUCCCUGUGGUUCGGCAGUUGCUGGACAGCGGCGUGUGUCAGGUGGACAAGCUAAACCGUGCUGGCUACAGCCCGAUAAUGCUCACUGCUUUGGCCACCCUGAAGACCCAGGAUGACAUUGACACCAUCCUUCAACUCUUCCGCCUUGGGAAUGUCAACGCCAAAGCCAGCCAGGCAGGACAGACGGCCCUGAUGCUGGCGGUCAGCCACGGGCGGGUGGAUGUGGUGAAAGCGCUGUUGGCCUGUGAGGUGGAUGUUAACAUGCAGGAUGAGGACGGCUCCACGGCCCUGAUGUGUGCGUGUGAGCACGGACACAAGGAGAUCACCGGGCUCCUGCUGGCUGUGCCUAGCUGUGACAUCUCACUCACCGACCGCGAUGGAAGCACAGCGCUGAUGGUAGCCCUCGACGCUGGGCAGAGCGAGAUCGCAUCUAUGCUGUACUCACGCAUGAACAUCAAGUGCUCCUUCGCUCCCAUGUCAGACUACGAGAGUCCGGCUUCGUCUUCAGCUGAAGAGUGAAUACAGGGAACCAGUGAGUCCCCAGGACCCACCAGCCACAAGCCAUGGCAAACCGUCCGUCCUCAAUCCCUGUCCCUUUCUGCCUUGGCAUUCCUCAGCCCUGUUCUCCACAGCAAACCCCCUGCACUUCCCUAAGGGAGCUCUGACAUCUACCAGACUCCAGCCUUUCCCAGCACCGUGGGUUCAAAGCCAGAAAGCCAAGCUACAUUCUCCUCCCAGUUGGCGCCAGUUGGCGACGCCCGGGUGUGGGUUUCUUAUGAAGAACAGAGAGAACAAUCAGCCGGCAAUUAUGGGAGGAGUGGGGGCAAGAGGGGAAAAUACUGUAUUCUUGAGUCAUUGUUAGGGGAUGGGAGGGGUCAGAAUUCAGUUGCUAAAUUUGAAUGUCACUGGAAUGUUACAGUGUCCUUUGUCUCAACACUACAGCAGGUCUCCACAAAGCCCGCUCAACACCCUUUGUCACCUCUUUUCAUUGUCUAGUGUACAAUAGGGUUUUGUCCACUGCCCUCCACCUCUAGACGGUUUCUUUAGGGCCAGGGGUGUCUCUCAAAAUAAGACUCUGUCAUCACUUAGCCAUCUGCCUCCCGCCAGAAAGCAGUGUUUUCCUUUCACUGUCACACACACACACACACACACACACACACACACACGUACACACACAUGCAUGCACACACGGGGCUUGUCACCCUGCAGCUGAUGUUCUUGCUGUGACUUGGAAAUGACUACUUACAAGGAGAGGUUAUGCAGACCUCCCUAUUCCCCACAGGGAGGGCUUGGGACAGGAGAAUGCUCCUAGAAAACCUUUCAAACCUACAUACAGACACAAAAAGAAAAAAAUUUCGGAGCGGCUCCCAGCAUCCCAGGCAGAGCCUCCCUCCUCAGAGCGUAAACAGAGGAUGUGAUACUGACCAAGAACGGGCUCUCGCUCGGAAGCCCAUGUGUUCCUGAUUAAGAGCUGGCUGGCCUCAGAGCACUCCCAGAACUAAGCUUAAAGUGCCAGGCUUUGCCGAAAUCCAAAGGGACAAAUGAGUAGUUUUAUGUUUGUGUGUUUGUUUUUAAUGCCCUAGAGCUCCUGCUGGUGACAGGGUACAGACAGGCUGCACUUUUCUCUUACUGGGUUUCCUUUCUGUCCCCAGAAUCUCAGCGUGGUUCAUAGGGGGGUUGGAUCUUGUUGUUUUUCCUUGUUUCUUUUCUAGAUGUGCCUUGUGAUGGGGAGGACAUGUCCUCUCAAGUCUCCCUGUGUUAUCCAGGUCACAGCUGGACCCACUGGGCCUUGGAGCCAAACCUCAGGAGGGCAGAGUUGAGGCUCAUGAACUAAAGGAAAGUGUUCGUUUCUCUUCUAGACAAGUAGGUCUCUUGGUUUGAUGGAGUCUUACUCCGCUUGACUUUUGUAGGAGGGGUUUGACUAAGGCAUAGAGGCUUGGUUGGCAUGAGAAAAUAAGAUGGAUGGGUGGAUGGAUGGAUGGACGGACAGACGGAUGGAUGGAUGGGUGGGUGGACAGACAGACGGAUGGACAGACGGAUGGAUGGGUGGAUGGAUGGAUGGAUGGAUGAGUGGCUGGAUACAUGACUAGAUGGAUGGCUACUUAAUGGAUGGGUAGAUGAGUCCGUGGACAGAUGAAUGAGGAGUGGUUGGAUGAAUAAAUGAGCAAUGGAUGAGAGACUAGGCGGGGCUGGUGGACGGAUGUCAUGAUGGAGUCUUUGCACGUGUAUAAAACAGAAAACCAAACUGUAGGACAGCCGCUGGUGUCUCCGGACGCUCACAGCCUAGGGUACAUUCAUAAGGCUGUGCUCUGAGCUGAGCCCCGAGUUCCAGCCUUGUAGCCAGCAAGGGAGUUUAUUUAAGGUUCUGGAAGCAUCAGCUAUGACCCCAAAGCACACACUCCUCAGAAAAGCCCCUGUCUGUUUCUGCCACUGCUGCUUUCUGUGUCUCUGUGAGGGGGCCACCAGGGCCAAACACCGGUCUCUCCUCUCCUUUCCUGUAUACUCAUGUUGUAUUUCUACUCCGUGACCACGGUACGUCCAUGAAGACAGUGUUACACGUAAAUGAAGUAUUCUUUUCUUGUAAUCAUGUUUUAGAAAGUAAAGGGACUUAAUAAAGCUGCAAACAAG